AUGUCUUCGUCGAGUGUAGAACAACAAGUAGUCCAACAUUUUUCCCAUACCCAUCCACUAACGAAGGUUGACGAAUAUGGCGAGUUCACAUGCGGUGGCUGUAAAACCUACGGCUUUGGGAAGACCUAUCGAUGUGCCCCGUGCGACUAUGUUCUUCAUGACCAUUGUGCCACCUGUCCCUUUACCCUCAUAAGCUUUAUGCAUCCACAACAUGAGCUCCGGCUAUUUGUCAAUGGAUCAGAAAAUAUGUGCAACAUCUGCCACAGAUUGGUCGAGGGGGUUUAUUACCACUGCGAGACUUGUGGUUUCGAUGUCCAUCCACUCUGCACACAACAUCAUCAGCACGUGAGCUACGUGCCUCAUCCUGCUCAUCUCUUAGAGCUGAGUCAGUGUGGAGCGAGCAACACGUGCAUGGUUUGCCGAGGCGCAAUCUUGUCCUGGCGGUACAAGUGCGGUCCAUGCAUGCUGGAUGUUCACGUGGAAUGCGUUAAUUCGUCUGCACCAGCUGCUACAGAACCGCAAAUGGAUUUGAACACUUCUCAGGAUCCUCAGCCUUAUAAUGAUGAAUGCGGAGGCAUACACAAUUAUGAACAUACAAAUAAAGGUCAAGUGUCAGGUCCAAGUAAAAGAAGAAGAGUGUUUAGAUUUUUCAAGGAUGUUACAGUUGAAGUUGUCAGCAGUAUCAUCACAGAAAUGCUUUGA